AAGAUGUAUGUUAUCAUUUCCAAUACUUUUUCUCUUAAGUAUCUUUGAUAAUCACAGUUCUUCAUUUUUCUUAGUAGAAGUCAUUAGCUAUGGAAGAAGAUAACCAAGAAAGACAACGUGACAAUGUUGGAACUUCAUCUUUCUUCAAGACAUGUUUCAACGCACUCAAUGCUCUUUCAGGAAUUGGAAUAUUAUCGGUACCAUAUUCACUUGCUCGUGGAGGAUGGUUGAGUCUUUCACUUUUGCUACUCUUAGCCGCAACCGCCUUCUACACAUCCUUACUCAUUACAAAAUGCAUGAAUGCGGACCACAACAUCAAAACAUAUCCCGACAUUGGAGAACGAGCAUUUGGUAGACCAGGAAGAAUCAUUGUGUCACUCUUCAUGCACCUAGAACUCUAUCUAGUCACCACGGGUUUCUUGAUCCUCGAGGGGGACAAUCUUCACAAUCUUUUCCCGGGUUUUAACAUCGAAAUUAUCGGAUUGAAAUUGAAUGGCAAACAAGCUUUCAUGGCGACUGUCGCCCUCGUCAUCAUGCCAACUCUAUGGUGGGAUAAUCUAAGCGUCUUGUCGUAUGUUUCUAUGAGUGGCGUUUUAGCUACGACUGUGACUCUUGGAUCAAUAUCUUGGGUUGGCGCAUUCGAUGGUAUUGGGUUUCAUCAAAAGGGAAAGUUGAUUAAUUGGAGUGGGAUCCCUACAGCUUUGAGCUUAUAUGCUUUUUGCUAUGGUGCGCAUCCAGUUUUGCCCACUUUGUAUUCCUCUAUGAAAAGCAAACAUCAGUUCAACAAUGUUCUACUAAUAUGUUUUAUACUAUGCACUAUAGGAUACACAUCAAUGGCAGUUUUGGGCUACUUAAUGUAUGGAUCACAAACAUUAUCACAAAUAACACUGAAUCUUCCAAUUCAUAAGACGAGUUCAAAGGUGGCAAUAUACACAACCCUCGUAAACCCGGUAGCGAAAUACGCAUUGAUGAUCACACCAACCGUGAACACCAUAAAAGAUUGGUUUCCUUCACGUUAUGCCAAAAAGACUUACUUACAUCUCUUGAUAAGCACAUUUUUCAUCAUAAGUAGUGUCGUGAUCGCCGAGACACUUCCCUUUUUCGGCUAUAUGAUGUCGCUGGUUGGAGCAUUACUGAGCGUAACGGUUUCUAUACUUCUGCCUUGUUUAUGUUACUUGAAGAUCUAUGGAAAUUACAAGAAAAUUAAGUGUGAGACUAUAAUGUUGUUUGGAAUGGUAGUGAUGAGUGUUUUUGUUGGAGUUUUAGGUACUUACAUUGCAAUCCGAGAAAUAAUUGGAAGUGUAUAAAAGUUUUAAUGAAUAUGUUAUAAUAACUCAUAUGUUGGGGUAUCUAAUAUUUAUUGUGUUUCUCUGAAAUUUUGUGUUAAAUUCAUUUUAUAAAAAUUUAUUCCUUCU